GAGUCUUUUAGGUGGAAACGAAAGGAAGAAAGAUGAAGAGAGUACAGGAAGCGCUGGAUGGUCAUAAGAGGAGGUUUUAUUUGCGUAGGUCGGCCCACAGGCAGUGGUUUUAAUGGGGAAGAAGUUACUGUACACUGUAUACUGUAUCCUAAAUCAGCUUAUCGCUAGAGGCCAAGCUCAUUCUUCUUCACACACCACCGUGACUGUCGGUAACUUCACAGCAGCAACGGCAGCAGCAGCAGCGGAUCCCGGAGCAGCUUUUACCGAGGAUUUGUUUCUACUGUAUGGGACUAUUUCACGACUUCACCCGUGUCAAAGUCUCUUCUCUGGAGGUUCCGCGUUAACCCUCUCUGAGAUGUUUUGGUUCAAGCAAGGACUGUGCUUUCUUCCAGUGUUUUUGGUCAUCUGGUCCUCCAGCACUUUUAUUGUUUCCUACCUUAUUGCGCUUUUCAGAGGUGAUAUCGACAUAAUCUUUCCAUACAUAAGUGACACAGGUGCGAAACCCCCAGAGAGCUGCAUUUUUGGCCUGAUGACAUUCAUUUCUGCAUGCGCAGGAACUGCCACCAUCUAUGCCCGGUACAAGUAUGUGGAGAAGCUGAGUGUUGACACAAGGGUGAUGAACCCGUGUCUCAAUAAAAUAGGUUUUGUGUUUGGGAUGCUCUCCUGUCUGGGCAUGUGCAUCGUUGCAACGUUCCAGGAAACAGCAGUGACAGUAGUUCACCUCAUCGGAGCUAUGAUGUUCUUUGUCUCUGGUGUCGUGUACACAAUACUCCAGUCUGUUCUCUCGUAUCAAGUCUAUCCAUUCGGGUCCUCCAUGAGUGUGUGUCGAGUACGUGCGGGUAUCGCCAUCCUUGCCUCUUUGGCUUUUCUCCCCACUGUCAUCUGUGCGUUCUUUGUGACACAAACCACGCUGCACAGACACACAGGAGACGAGGACUAUCCCUUCCAUCUAGCCAGCGCGGUGUGCGAGUGGGUUGUUGCCUUCAGCUUCAUCUGCUUCUUCCUCACAUACAUCGACGAUUUCAAGCUGUUUACCUUACGAGUGAAAACAGAAUAUGCGGAGUAGCCUUGAUGAGUCCGCAACUGCCAGCGAAAUCAGUAUUUUCAAGUAAAAAUGUGCUGCAUGUUGUUUUUGUGAAGCUUUUACGCAUUUUGUACAUUUGCAUUUUAUACCGCGAUGCUGUUAUAAGAUUUGGUCUUCUGUAUGACCUGACUGAAUUCAUUGGUGGAUUGAAGGAAGAACAUUGUUAUGUAUACGUUUUGAACAACUGGUCAUAGCAGAGAAGAAAAAAACUGAUCACAGCCUGUAUCUUUAUACUUUUUUUUAUGAUCUCAAAUCAUUUUUUAUACUUAUUGCGUCCUAUGAACACCACUUUGCACUUUGCUCUCGACUGUUUUAAACUUGCCACACCAGCGUGACACAUUCCGUCCCGUCAGACCUGUGAAAAGUAAUAAGAGAAGUUCAUCACACAGUGAACACAUGACAGCUCCGCAUGUGGUUAAAUGAGCAAACCACUCAAACUGAUGUUAUGUGAAUCUACACUGAUACUGUCUGUAAGGAGCCAGAAGCCUGUCUGAAAUAUUACUUCAAUUUUGCUUGUGUCUACAGCCUGUAGCCGGCUCAGGCAAUGGGGAUUAGACUACUUAAUUGAUUAGUUUGCUCAGUACAACUGCCAAAUGAAAUUUCUGUAAUAAAAGAAACUUGAAUUGAA